AAUUAGCCGACGAGGAAGAAUAAUCUCGUUUCCCUUCGAUUUGAUUUUCUCGGUAAUCAGACAGAACAAAUAGAGAGAAAAUGUCAGUGCUCAUAACUACGAGCUUAGGAGACAUAGUGGUGGAUUUAUUUACGGAAAAGUGCCCCUUGACCUGCAAGAACUUCUUGAAGCUUUGCAAGAUCAAGUAUUAUAAUGGCUGCCUAUUUCACACGGUUCAGAAGGAUUUUACUGCACAGACUGGUGAUCCUACUGGUACUGGAGCUGGUGGCGAUUCAGUUUACAAGUUUCUAUAUGGUGACCAGGCUCGAUUUUUCAGUGAUGAACUCCAUCUUGAUUUGAAACAUUCUAAGACAGGAACAGUUGCAAUGGCCAGUGCCGGAGAGAAUUUGAAUGCUUCCCAGUUUUAUUUCACAUUGCGUGAUAGUCUGGACUAUCUUGAUGGGAAGCACACUGUCUUUGGAGAGGUGGCAGAAGGCCUCGAAACCUUGGCUAGGAUAAAUGAAGCUUAUGUGGAUGAAAAUAACAGGCCAUACAAAAAUAUCCGAAUCAAACACACCUAUAUACUUGAUGAUCCAUUUGACGAUCCUUCUCAGCUUGCGGAUUUGAUUCCUGACUCUUCUCCAGAAGGAAAACCAAAGGAUGAGGUUGAUGAUGAGGUGCGGCUUGAAGAUGACUGGGUGCCUAUGGAUGAGCAACUGGGUCCGGCAGAGCUCGAGGAGGUUCUUCGAGCAAAAGAAGCUCAUUCUCGUGCAGUUGUACUUGAGAGUGUUGGGGAUAUUCCUGAUGCUGAGAUUAAACCUCCUGAUAAUGUCCUUUUUGUGUGUAAGCUGAAUCCAGUUACUGAAGAUGAGGACUUGCAUACAAUCUUUUCACGAUUUGGAACUGUUACAUCGGCUGAAAUAAUCCGUGAUUACAAGACUGGAGAUAGUUUGUGCUAUGCAUUUAUAGAGUUUGAGGACAAAGAGGCAUGUGAACAGGCUUAUUUUAAGAUGGAUAAUGCUUUGAUUGAUGAUAGAAGGAUACAUGUGGAUUUUAGUCAAAGUGUUGCUAAACUAUGGUCUCAAUACAGGGGCAAAGGCAGUCGAACCAAUAAAGGAGGAGGUUGUUUUAAUUGCGGUGCUCCUGACCACAUAGCCAAGGAUUGCACCGGAGAUCCCGGCACCAAGCAACUCAAACCUCCAAAAUACAUUCUAAAGGAUGAUAACCAGCAGCAUGGUGGAAAUAAUAAGUCAAGAUAUGAAAUGGUCUUUGAUGGAGAAACUCCAGAAAGUCCUAAACGAGAAAAGAAGGAUGGACGCCAUGAUGGAGAGAGACAGAGGAUUCACAGAAGAAGUCCAGAAGACCUGAAACACAGGGAUGAAAAAAAGAAAGAUUCAGGUGACAGGCGCAGGCAGAGUGACAGAAGUAAGGGAUACAGGGACGAUGAUAGACAUCGUGAAAGGAAAACCAGUCGCAGUCGGUAUCCUGAGGAGCAAAUCGAUAGAAGAAAGGAACGAGAUGAUGAAAGAGGACAUGAUCGAGAUUACAAAAAGAGAAGUUCUGAUGUUGAAGGCCGUAGAGAUGGGAGGGACAAUGAAGGUUAUAGAAAGAGAACAGCAAAUGAGGAUAGUCGUAAGGAGGGAUUUGGGGAUGAUAACAAUUUUAAAAGGAGGUAUAUGGAUAGUAAUGACAGACGAGACAGAAGGGAUGAACCCAGUCACAGAAAUUAUGAUGACUCCAGAGGCAGGAGGGAAGGGCGAGAACAUAGGAGCCAAGGCAUAGAAGGUGUUGAUGAUCAUGAACAUGAUCGUGAUAGAAGGCAUCGAAGUGACAGAAGAAGAUGAAAUCUUGCCUUAAACAUGGUUCUGAAAUCUUAAACUUGGUUCGUCAUCAAUUCCUCUAAUUACUCGUCACUCAUUGACUCCUUGAAUCUAUCAUAUCUUUGUAGGUAAGCCCUCAAGUAAGCCUGAAAUCUUUGGGAGAAGUGAUUUCACUUGAAAAUUGAAAAAAAAUCUGUGGAGAGUAUUCCUCUGGAAAAAAAAUUUCCAAUUUUUCUUUUUCCCUCUGGUGAGUAUCCUGAUGAUUUUCCUAUAUUUCAACCCACAAUAUCUUUUGCUCGAUUGCUUUAAUUCUCAGAGUCUAACUGCGUCUAAAAUAGGAAAAUUAAAUACCAUCAGGGGGCAGAAUCGGAAGAUGUAAUCUGUUAGAAAUAUUUUGUUGUAAGCUUUGCUGUGAAGAAUUCUGUGGAGUUUUCAGUUUUCUUUGUCCUUUAUAAUUUCGAUUGGAGGUGACUGAUUUCGCUAA